AUGUUUGAACCAUUGUUUAAAAAAUACAUUAAAGAUGUAUUCCGUAUGAAACCUGAAGAGGCUACAGUUUUUAACUCUAAAAACUUUACACCAAUAAUAUUCUUGUUAAAAGUACCUGAAGAAGAAAUACCUAAAGCUCAUAAAUCAAGAAUGCGAGUAAGACCUUUAGAUAAUGAAUUACAACAAAAAGCCAACGAAUUAUUUGAAGAAUUAAUAAGAGAUAAAUAUAUAGAACCUUCAACAUCAGACUGGACAUCAUCACUAGUAAUAAUUAAGAAACAAGACGGAAGUUAUAGAAUAGCUUGUGACUAUACCAAGCUAAAUUUGUAUAUAAAAGAUGACCCAUUUGAAAUACUAUACAUAAACACUUUUUUACAAAAAAUAGCUCAAUAUAAGUAUUAUGCAACAAUAGACUUUAAAGCCGCAUAUCACCAAUUCCUGUUACCAGAAAAGGAAAGAGAUAAAACAACAGUAUUUUUCCCUCAAAAAGGAAAAUACCGAUGGACAGUAUUAUCUAUGGAACUAAAAACGGCAUCAGCAUAUAUGAUGAGAUAUAUGUAUAAAAUAUUUUCCCACUUACUGUUCGUAGUAGUAUAUAUGGAUGAUGUAAUAGUAUUAGCACAAAGCCCUGAAGAAUUAUUAAAAAAUCUUGAAAUGGUAUUCGAGAGCAUAAAAAGAGCGGGCAUGGUGUUAAAACUUGAAAAAUGCGAAUUCUCAGAUGCUUCAGAUAGUUCUAUUGGAGCAGUGCUUAAACAAGUCAAUCCCGAACUUAUGCAUUAUAAAACUAAGAUGCGUAAACUUGAAGAUAAAGAAGAUUAUUGGACAAAAUCACAAGAAGAAAAACCGUAUAUUGGAAAUAAACAUGUUAUAGUGCGAACAGAUAAUACUGGAACUAUGACAAGUAGAAAAAUACCACGAAAUACAACUAUUGAAAGAUGGCUUAUAGAAUUGCAAGAUAUGAAUUAUACUUUGAAACGAAUACCUGGAAAAGACAAUAAUAUAGCAGACUGGUUAUCAAGACAUUUGGGACAAACAAAAGAUUCUGAAGAAGUACCACUGAAACUGAAAAUACAACCAAAACAAGAAUUACGAAAAGAUUAUAAAGAAAAACAAGAAUAA